GUAACUUGCAGUCUUGGUGCAGGCCCUGGCACUCUCAUCGCCCUGAAGGGUCUUGGUAUGCAGCCGAAGAUGCUGGAGAUGCGGAAUUUGGAUAACAGGAAGGUCGUCCUCAAGUAUAUCGCCGGGCGUGUGCUGCUGAACGGGCGACAGCAAAAUCCGGGCGAGGUCCAGCUUUGCCACAGCGACCGCCUCAUCGUCGGCCACGCGUUCUGCUUUCGACUCGUGGUCCCCAUUGAUGAUAGCAAUCGUCAAGAAGAUGUCCCGCUAGAGACGGCGCUGGAGGAAGUGGAGAUGCCAGAUGACCCGGCCUACCAGCAGUGUCUGAUGUACGUCAAGCAUCUCCAGAGCCGCAUCGGUGACAUCCGGGCUAUGACGUUUCAGAGGAGCUUCAAGAAGGUCUGCCGCCUCGUGAACGAGGCCAAUGAGCUAGCAGAGGCGUUGUGCCCAAAGGAACGGCUGCUCUUUGGUGCCGAAAUCUUGACGGACUUCUUCGGCACGGACGAUGAGAAUGUGGAAAGCAUCGUGCGGGUGAGGAAGCUGCAGAAAGGCAAAGCGCGCUGGCGUGACGUGGUGAAGUCCAAAGUCUUCGCGAAGAGUGACAGACCGAGUUUGAUGGACACCUUCGUGACCGUCAGUAUGCACAACAUCAACGCCAGAGAUCAGACAAUCCUGUUGCUGAAUGCUGAGGAGUUCAACCAGCGCUUACAGCACUUCCGUGAUAUUUACAAGACCGUCUUCACGGAUCACCACAGCCUCGAAGACUUGCCCCUCGCUGAGCGAGAAUGCUGGGGCCGUUUGCCACCCUGGAUGGCUGCAGAGCUGGACCAGGAGCUCGAGCAGGAAGUGCAGCUUGAGCAAGAGAUUGCCAUUAGAAAGCAACUCUCGAAGGGCCACGAGAAGUCCGAGAACGAAACCCUGCUGGAGGAGCAGCUGGCCUGCAUGCAGCAGCUGCUGGAUGCCAAGGAUCGGCGAAUCCAGUCACUGGAGUUGGCUGCCGAAGCCCAGGCGCUGGCGCCGAGAAUGACU